AUGGCCGACUCCAACGGAGGUGAAAGUGCUGCGACAGCCAGAAGUAACCAAGAAGGGGAAAGCAACCCUCGUCAGCAGGGAGGUGCUGCUGGCCAGAUAUCUUCCGCCUCUAUUCCUGCCGCCGCAGCAGCAGCGCCUCCUGCCGGUGGCACAUAUCCACGGCCAACCAACUUUGGAGAAAAGUUGAUGCAUGUGCUAGAGAACGGAAUAGCCCAAGACUGCAUCUCGUGGCACGGCGAGACCUGUGAAAGGAUUGCUAUUCACCUCCCAAACCUGAAGAAGAGCUCGGUUCUGAACACAAACUUUCAGGGAAAUCGCUAUUCCUCCUUUGUGCGCAACCUAAAUCGAUGGGGAUUCAGACGGAUUCACGCGCUGGAGACCAACCCCUUGUUGGUCUACUACAACAGUCUUUUCAACAAGGCCGAGCCCGAACUCGUCCGCAGGAUGAAGAUGGACAGCGAUGUGCAAGACAUCUAUGAGAGGACAGAGCUGAGAGAGAAGAAACGGCAGCAACGGGCCAAGACGAGGAGCACACCAAGAACGAACAGGCAGCCCCCGGAGAGUGACGCGAAGCGUCCGCCUUUGUCAUCAACGGAGACGUCCCGCUCGAAGCCGCCGCCACAGCCUCAAGUGCAGCCGCCACAGCAACAGCCAUGCGCCCAUCCAUGGGCACCUCUAUCGCAACAGCAAGAGCAAGGCACGGACCAGAAUCCUAGUCAGGCGCCCAACCAACGCCAGAACCAGCAGGCAUAUUCUUCUCAAGGAGGCCCCAAUGCUGCGGCGGCGCUUGGCAACCUGCUAACUGCAAUGUUCCAACCCCAACAGCAGCAACAAGGGGUGACUUCCUCCAUCCAGCAACAAGGAGAGUCAUCCAUGGAACAACCGCAGGCUCCGCCCAUACCCAGUGAUCAGUCGCCCCAAUUCAACAGUUUUUUGGGACAAAUAUUGCAACAACAUCAGGACCCUGGACAAGGUCAACAGACAGUUCAAAAUCAAAGCCAGAUACAGAACCAAGGGCCACAAAAUCAGGUUCUGCAAAACCAAAACCAGUCUCUUGGGCAAGGCCAAACUCAGCUGCCAAAUCCCCCUCAAGGAGACAUAAACGUUGCAGCUGGUAUUGGCACUGUGCUCAGCCAAUUGUUCCAAUCCCAAUCCCAGCAGGAGCGGGAGCAGCAGCAGCAGCAGCAGCGGCAACCCCAGUACCAUGGGAGCCAUUCCUCGGUGCCACAGGUAGCGGCCAGUGAAUCACCCAUGGGACAAGCACCCGCUGCGCAAAUUUACAUGGAUAUGAUCCAGCAACUUGGGCAACAGUUGCCCCACCUGCUUUCUCAAGCCCAGAGCAGCAUCCAAAACCAGAGUCAGGGGACCGUUCCGAGUCAAGGGUCGUUGAAUGAGCAGAAUGUUCCAAGCAGCGGUCUCCAAAGCCAGAAUCAACUAUGGUCAAACCUUGUCGCGGCACUCCCUGCAGACUUGCAAACUCAGCUGCUACAACAAGCUCCGAGUCUAUCAUUGGGACAGUCGGGGCCAAAUCGGGGGAUAUCGGCAGAGCAAGAGUCACAAAAUCGCUGUGAUGAGAGCAUGCGGCAAAUGGUGGAACUGGCGGAGCGGUACCUGAGUUUGCCGCCGUCAGAACGGCUUCAAGACACAAGCCUCACAGGCAUCCUGCAGGCGCUGAUUAUAAUCGGUCGGCAAAGAGUGGAUUCCACCUCGCAGCUACCAUCACAACCACAGACUCGUCAAUCCAAUGAGAUGGGCGUAAUGUUGCCGCUGGCUGUGGCUGAGCAGAGCCAACAGCAACAGUCCAGCUUGGCCAACCUUGAACGGAACUCAGUUGCUGAGAUGCCACCGCAGCAAAGACAGUUGUCCCAAAUUGACUCCAACAAUUUGAACCAACAAGGUCUCUUUCCACAACAGCCACCGAACCCUCCACAGCAAAUGGAGGCGACGCAGGCCAAUCAAGGAGAAGCAGCAGCCCAGAUCCUCUCAACCUUACAGUCCCUAUUGGGCGGACAACAGCCGCUUCAAGCGGUUCAGCAGGUUCAGCAACCCCAAGCGGUCGAGGCACCACAACAGCAACAGCCAACCCAACCGCAGCUGCAGGUUCCACAACAGCAACCACCACAAGAGAACGAUUCCACCUCAAAUAAUGCAGCCGCCCAAUUGCUAGAGAAACUUGCUGUGUUGCAACGUCUUCGUGAGAGGUGA